UCCAUAUUACUGCCAAAGUUGGUAGAGACUCGAGCUGAGGUGAAAUUUAGUGUUGAAGAUGCAAAACUGUCAAAUGCCGACCCCGCGGCCGCCAAUCUGCACCUCUUCGAGAAAACGACGUCACGGGAAAAUCCAAGAACUGCAAUAUCUGAUGGCGCAAACCGCGCCGCGAUGGAGGGCCAAUCGAUACCACCUCAAACUUUAAGGUUGCAAUCCUGAAGUACUUGGGUAUUCUCGGACACGAUCCUUCGAGCUGUCGCUUCGUCUGCGAGUUUUCAGCCCUGGUUUUCGUACCAGAACGAAGAAGCCUUCGGCAUCCGCGGAUGAAAGAAGCACAAAUCGCAACAGCCCACGCCCACACGUCUUCCUUGCGCGAUCACCUCAGACAUCCUUUCAGAUGAACACACAUGGAACCUCCUAGGCCAUGGCUGACCCCCCGUUGCCCAGAAUUAAGGUGACCGAUGCUCAAUUCCCUGAGGGCAGCGCCACGGGCACCUCAGGUCUCGAGUCACCUUCUACCACCACGGAUGGCGGACAGUCAGCGAGGCCGAGGUCAGCUACUUCUUCUGAAGGUAAUGCGCAGUCCAAUGGCAAAAAGUCACCGAUUAAGAUAAUACGAAAUAAUACUACGACAAUCAAAGAGGUCAAUGGAUCAAAACCGACCUCUCCUUCCGCAGCAGUGCAGCCUUCGACUGCCAUCGAUCCUCUCUCCCAUGUACGUACAGCUUCAAUCUUGCCCUAUAUUGCUAUUGGAACACCCGAAAUACCAGAUGAAAGCUUGAAAGACCGGU